UCUCAAAUUAAAGCAAUGUUGUUGCAAAUGCAUGCAGACUAUGCGAUAAUUCGAUCUACAAAUCCAGAUUUCAAAAAAGCGAUUAUGCGCGUUAAUAUAUCUCGAAAUAGUCGACAGACUAUUCAAUAUAUUUCUCCAACUGAUUCACAUUUGUUGAAUGCAGCUGAUUUACUUGUUAUUGAUGAAGCAGCUGCCUUGCCAUUGCCACUAGUUAAAAAAAUGCUUGGACCAUAUUUAAUUUUUAUGGCAUCGACAAUAAACGGUUAUGAGGGAACAGGUCGAUCAUUGAGUUUGAAAUUAAUGUCACAAAUUCAAAAGGAGCAAAAUGCUCCACCAGCGAUUAAACUUGAAGAAUCUAUUCGUUAUAAGCCUGGCGAUGCCAUUGAGGCAUGGUUAACAUCGCUUUUAUGUUUAGAGGCCGAUGUACCGAAUAUAAACUCGGGCUGUCCAACUCCAGACGCGUGCGAAUUAUAUUACGUUGAUCGUGAUGCUUUAUUUUCGUAUCAUCGUGCUGCGGAAGCCUUUUUACAGCGUCUGGUAUCAAUUUAUGUAUCGUCACAUUAUAAAAAUAGUCCAAACGAUUUGCAAAUGAUGAGCGACGCCCCUGCACACCAUAUUUUUUGUUUGUUGGGUCCUAUUGUGAAGAAAGAUGCAUUACCUGAAAUUUUAGUUGUUAUCCAAGUUUGUUUGGAAGGACAAAUCUCGUCAGAUAGUUUAAACGAUUCAUUAUCACGUGGACGAAAAGCAGCGGGUGAUUUGAUACCUUGGAAUAUGACAGAGCAAUUUAAUGAUAGGGAAUUUCCCAAGUUGUCUGGAGCAAGAAUUGUUCGCAUUGCCACCCAUCCAAACUAUCAACGGAUGGGAUACGGCAAGCGAGCUUUGAAGCUACUAAAAAGCUAUUAUGCUGGUAAAUUUACAUCUUUGAAUGAAACAGAUCUGUCAGACGAUGAGGAUGGUUUUCAGGAAAUUGAUGAUGAUGAAGUUGGUGAUUUGUUGAAAGAACAAAUUGCACCUCGUAAGAAAGUGCCAACGCUUCUCAAACGCUUAUCGGAACGUCGACCAGAAAAAUUGGACUACAUUGGUACUUCAUACGGUUUGACAUCAGAAUUGCUAAAAUUCUGGAAGAGUCAAAAAUUCGUGCCGGUUUACUUGAGUCAAAAAGCAAACGAUUUAACGGGUGAAUAUUCGACAAUCAUGAUUUCCAUUUUGAAAACCGACAAAUUUGAAUCAGAUGAUUGGUUAUCCAUGUAUUACCAUGAUUUCCGUCGCCGUGUGAUCAAAUUGAUGUCAAAAAGUUUUCAAAGCUUCACCACUGGAUUAGCUUUGUCAUUACUUGAUAAUAAGGCCGUUAAAAUAUCAAAUAAACCACUCACACAGCAAAUAAUCGACACUAUGUUUAUUCCACAUGAUCUUCAACGCUUGGAAGCUUACACUCGAAAUCAAGUUGAAUAUCGAUUAAUUUUGGAUUUAACAACUGAUUUAAGUAAAUUAGUAUUUGACGAAAAAAUGAAUGAUGUACCCAUUGACUCCCUACAAAAAGCAAUUCUUCUUGGAAUCGGGCUACAAAAUAAGACCUUGGAUAAGUUAUCUGAAGAGUUUAAUAUGCCAGUUAAUCAAAUUUUGGCAAAGUUUUAUGAUUGCGUUAAGAAACUAACAAAGAAAUUGGACACUGUGAAUGAAUCAGCAAUCGAGAAAACAAUGAUAGCAGAAAGUGAAUGGAAUAUGGGGGAAUCAAUGGCACCAGCAGCACAAUCAUUCAAUCUAGAGUUGGAAGCCGGUGCAAAAAAAUUGGCCAAAGCACAAAAGAAGGAACUGAAACGAUUGAAGAAUGAAAAUUUGAGCGCAUAUGCAAUCAAAGGCACAGAUGAAGAAUGGGGAAAAGCAUUUGGACAAGGCUUUGGCAAGUCUGGCAUAAUAUCAGUCAAAAGUGGUGAAAAGCGAUUGAACAAUUCUUUCGAAUUAAAGGAACCAUCUGCCAAGAAAAAGAAAAUUAAAAACAACAUAAAGACAAGAAAAAGCAAUUGA